UCUGGAAGAGUGAAAUGAAGAUUGCAGAGACCCCAAAAACAAAGACAAGGUUGUGUUGAAGGAUUGAAGAGUGUGAGAGAGAAGCAGAGUGAGAGACCUAGAAAUGGCAUCGUGGUGCAGUGCUCGGUGCUUCCAUAUUCCGGCGAUGGAUGCCGGCGCUUUCCGCAGCCGCGCCUCAUUGGCCGCCGGCGUAGGGUGCUUGUCGGUGGCCGGCACCUCCUUCUGGCGCUCCUCCUCCUCACCGAAGCGCUCUUUGCCGUUCACAUGCUUGAGCAUUUCUUCCGAUACUCGUAUUAAGGAAAGUGUUCAAACCGAAGGGGCACCAGCGGCUUUGGGACCGUAUUCUCAAGCAAUCAAAUCCAACAACCUUCUUUUUGUGUCUGGUGUUCUUGGCCUUGUUCCCGAGACGGGGAAGUUCGUAUCUGAUAAUGUUGAAGAUCAAACUGAACAGCUUCUCAAAAACAUGGGGGAAAUCCUUAAAGCUGGUGGUGCCAGCUACUCAUCAGUUGUCAAGACAACAAUUAUGUUGGCUGACUUGAAGGACUUUAAGAAGGUCAAUGAGAUAUAUGCAAAAUACUUCCCUUCACCGUUCCCUGCUCGUUCAACUUAUCAAGUAGCUGCCUUGCCAUUGGAUGCCAAGAUCGAAAUUGAGUGCAUAGCGACUCUAUAAGCAGCAUCAAUUGUAAUAGUAUAUUCGACUCCUUCAAGCAGCAGGUUAAUAACGCAGGAAGGGACAUUUCUUAGAAAUGGAGUUUUACUUUGUUUUGUUCUUUGAAUAAUAGUGCUCUUGUGACAUUUACCCUAGUAUUCUGACGAGGUUUCUAAUCCUCGGAUUCUCUCGAAGAUUAUGCGGCCAUCAAGAGUUUAAGAAGCUUAGUCAGUGAAAAUGUUCUUGUUUGUAGCUAUUGUGACAUUUUAUUACGUAAGACGGACCAUGAAUGAAGUCAAAUUUGCUUUUAUGGAAUAAGAUCAUUUUUAAUAUAA